UGUGAGGCGAGCCGCUAACUGCAGCCUUCAUUAAACUAUUAUUAACAAUAAAACAAUAAAAUAAAAGAGCGUGUGUUAGAAAUGUUUCCUCAGAACGCGGGUCCGGUUCGGUCAGAAAUACCGAGAGAGCUGAACACAGUGUAGAGUUUAUGGACUGACUCGGCGCUCGCGCUCUCAGGCGGAAUGUUUCCUGUCACAAAAUGAGACUUUUACACUUCUGUCUGCUCCUUACUCUCAUAACAGGAUUUAACACAUCAGAGGAGGAUCCCAAUCCAUCUCAAUUUCCAUACCCGGACUCCCACAGUGACCUUGCGUCUCCCUCUCGGGACGGUUCCACAGGCGUGACCCGCCUCCCAGACACUUUUUCAUUCAGGAGCGCGCGCACACUCCAGACUGCGAGUGUACGUCAGGGCGGAGAGUACACCGGAUCGGGCGAUAAGACCAGACUCCAUGUUGUUCCACAGGAAAGCACACACAAUGGACAGGAAAAAGCUGGAACUGUGAUCUCUGACCUCGCUCGCACCGCUCCACACUCACUCACCGAUUCCAAGCUCUUGUUUUCCGAAAAAGAACAUGAUUCGAGUCUGUUUAGCGCUGAAACACAACAGCCAGGCCUUUUUUUAAGAACCACAGUGACAAGCGAAUAUUCAAACACAGGCACGAGCGCUCUUCCAGAAAGAAUUCCACGUACUAUAAAAAUCUACUCGGAUAUACACGACGACACGGACACGCCCUCGGUUCACUCCGAUGCGCUCGAUCCACCGGACUCGAACAUUUUUCAUAGUAGUGACAUCACCGUGAUGUCAUCAGCACCUCCGGUGAGUCGACUUCAUUUAAGUACUAUUAGAAAUGGAGCUACGGUUACAGAUCUCCGGACUUCCGAAUCACACGACGUCACUGUUGGACAUGACAUGUCAGUGAUGUCAUCACACACAGCCAGUGAGGGAACGAAUGCGGCUUAUCGUUCAAGUGAAACGGAUCGUUUUACUCAUCACAUGGACCAAAACAACCCAGAUUUAUCCGUGACUGAUGAAUCAAACUUGGUCUCAGAUCCCGAGGUCUCCGAGUUCAACGGCGUCACGUAUACAAGUGACGGCACAGCGAGGUCAUCAGCAUACACGGACACGUCAGAAAUACAGGCAGGCCAAACGUAUCGCUUGCCCCGAUCAACUCGCGUUAACAAAAAUAUUUCUAAUCAUACUCGCUCAUCAGUUUUUGAUGAUUCAAGCACCGUGACUGACACUCCUAGAGCGCCGGUUUCACACAGCCACGUCGAUACAGCUACGCUUUCAGAUAGUCACUCAAACGCUACGGAAAAUGUAACAGCUAUAAACAGGAAAAGGACAGAGUAUUACUCAUACACUCCGUAUUACAGCAAUUCCCCAAACACAGACUCGGCGACUACACAGGCUUCACACACCAUCCACAGUGAACACACUACGAACCAAAGGACGAGUGAUCUUAACACGCAGCGCCCGUCUUCUGAAAUUCUUCCUACGCUGUCGGAAUCGCGCUCCGGUUCCGUUACAUCACCGAGACGGGACUUGACCUCUAUAUCAGCCUCAUAUUCAGCAAACACACUCGGUCAGGAUGAACCCGUGCACUCGAGCGCACGUCCGACUAGCGUCCUUCUGUCUGUUCUCACGACCCUUCGAAACAAUCCUACCACGGCGCUCGAGGGUCUGAUCACAGCGGAAGCAAACUCUAGCACCGGCUCCGAAGUACAGACAAAUACCGAUCAUGAUGACGAGAUCACAGAAAUGAACACCGUAACAAAUAACCUGUCUGAAUCUAGACCAGCGACAACGCCUACGGCUCCGAAUCCUGCUGCGCCACCGCGGUUACGUCUCACUUCUCCUCCAGUCAACACCGUUACCACCAGCACGCCACCGGCAAACCUUCAGACGAGUUACUUUAUAACGACGACGCCGAUCCCAAACCGUCUCACCACGAGCAGAGCCGUGCAGAUCCUCCAGCUGCCCGAUACGACAACACGGCGAGCGCACGCAAGCACUCGCUCUCAGCCCGGACCCCACACACCUGCGAUCACGCAAACGUCUCCGCUCCACACGUUCACUACGGAAACCAGCAAAGGCUGGUCACACAAGGGGCGGGUCUUCAUCACGGAGGACCAACCAGCAGUCAUCAGUGUGGAAACAUUCCAAGUGCUGUUGCAGGUGAUACUGGAGGAAAUCUCACCUCCGUACGCAGGACUUGUGGAGGUGGAGCCAUUUUUACAAAAUGUAGCAGGAUACCAAAGCCAGCGUGUGACCUGGCACAGUGGUCCGGUUCUGCAGUCCCUGGUUACGUUCAGGACAGUGGAGGCGGUCUCAUGGCUCAGGAGGGCGGAGUCUCUCUUACAGGAGGCAGGGCUGAGACCACUUCCAACACGGGGGAUUUUUGUGAGCGGUGUCCGGGUGAAAAACAUCACAGUAGGAGGUCUGCACAGUGACGUGUGUUCUUGGUUGUUUUCUUGUCCCCCUGAUUUCUACUGCGUCUCUUCCGAGCGGAACAUCUCCUGCAGAUCCGUGUGCCACUCUGAGUACUGCAAGAACCAUGGCAUCUGUGUCCAUCGGUCUGGACAGCACCCACUCUGCCAGUGUCCUGUGGGUGAAGAUUACUGGUUCAUGGGUCAGCGCUGUGACCUCCGAAUGACCCGACAGAGAUUAGCUGGUAUGUGUUUUGGUGUUUUGGCCGCCAUAGCAGCGCUGAUGGGACUCCUGGCUUAUCUAGCUGUACAGCGCUUUAAGAAAAUGCUUGUUCAGGCCAAAGCAGAGCAGACACAGAGCAGUUACCGCAGGUUUAACCACUUCGAUGAGCUGUCAGCUCGUUUUUGGAGAAGAUCCUGGCCCGGAUCAGUGGACUCGCUGGAUCACACCGCGUUCAGUCGCUCUGAUGAGUUACUGCACAUGAGAGCACUGGACCGUGCAUGCUGUUACCAUGACGACACGCUCUCCAUCGCCUCUACCUACCCGGAUAGUGUUAAACAUCUCAAUACAGUGUAUCCUCACAGCUCUCAGUAUCAUUGGGACAUGAGCACAUGCAGCCUCGCGGACGGUGUGAUCGAUUCGGGAAAGGCGAGCGACCUGUCCGUGUGCAGCUGGCCGAUUGAACCCAUCCAGUGGACACCUUUCCCUUUAUUACAGCAACUCCGAAAUACAAACACAGUAAAGCCCUCUCGUCCUCGCUCGUACUGCGAGGGGAUGGAACUGGUGGGUUUGGAGAAAAGCCGGACGGCGUAGUGAGGGAUGAGUGGAGGUCAGAACACACACUCACGACUCAGGACACCCAGUGGUGAAGAUGUAUUUACUUGAACUUGUAGAUGCUCUUUCUUGAUGAAAGAUUAUUGUGGUGGUCUUUUUUUUUUUUUUUGAUAUAA